CCUCUCCCAUUUCCACUCACCCCAGCCGAUUGUGUUGGCGGUCAAUGUCGUCCACCACUGGUCAGGCAGCUCCUAGUCCUAGCUCGCCCGCUGUGGCAAAUGCAGCUCCUCCGCCGGCGACCACCAUGGAGCCCAAGAUGGACGCCGGGCUGCUAGCAUUAGCAUGUUCUGGCUCUUUCCACGAUCUGUAAUCAUUCCUCGACGGGAAGCCAGCCGCCUACACCAUCGGAAGCUCCGCCACCCAGCCACCUUCUCUGUACGCGGUUACAGUUGAAGGUGACACUCUACUCCAUGUGGUCGCUGCUAGCCAUGGCGACUCUGAGGACUUACUGAACAAAGCCAAUCUCGUCUACAGCAAGGCACCGAGUCUCCUCUUUGUGCAAAACAAUGGGGGAGACACACCCCUGCACUUUGCUGCACGGAUGGGGAAUAUCCCAAUGAUGUCUCUUCUCAUUGAUCUUGCCAAUGGUCAGGGCAUUAACAAUGGUAAAGGGCUGCUGGAGACACAAAACAAGCUCAAAGAGACAGCCUUGCAUGAGGCCGUCCGCAUUGAGAACAAUGAUAUGGUCAACUUGCUCAUGACCCAUGCUCCAGAGUUGGCCACCAUUCCUGCUGAAGGUACUUCGCCAUUGUAUCUUGCCAUCUUAAUGGAAAAUAAAAUCGUCGCCAAAACACUCUACGAGUUGAGCAGUGGGGUUCUUUCAUACUCUGGACCGAAUGGACAAAAUGCGUUGCACAUUGCUGUUCAGCGGAGCCAAGAUCUCACGAAGAUGUUAUUAGAAUGGAACAAUGACCUUACACUACAAGGGGAUGCAAACGGAAGUAUACCUCUCCAAUUCGCCAUUGUAAGAUACAGCCAACCCAUAUGUUUAGAAUUAUUGAAAGUCAAUCCAGAUGCACUGUAUCAACCAGACUCCAAUGGAUCAUUUCCAACACACGUGGCUGCAUCCGUUGGUGCAACAUCGAUCAUCACUGAUUUUCUUAUGAAGUCACCCCAUUGCGCUGGCUUUCUUGAUGCUAGGGGAAGGACAUUUCUUCAUGUUGCUGUUGACAAAAUGAAAAUAGGGAUUGUCGACUAUGCUUGUCAAAACAUAUCGCUGUCAUGGAUUUUGAAUAUGCAAGACAAAGAUGGGAACACUAUACUGCACCUAGCUAUAAGAAAAGGAAGUCUGCAGAUGUUUGGUUCUCUGUUCAGGAAUAGACAAGUACACUUGAACUUGAUGAAUGAGAAAGGGAGAUAUAGCGUGUCAAAAUCUUCCUAA